AUGUCUCGCUUACCGCGCCUUCACUCUUCUCCAGACCGCCCAGUAGCCGGUCCGUCGAUGGUGUCCACGAUGACAAGCCUCAAACGCAAAGCCAUCACCGAGGACGACGAAGAGGCGAUGGACCAGCCCAAGAAACUCCCCGCCAUCGGGAGAGGCCACCAAAGUCGACCCCUUCAGCCAACUCGUAACGCGACAAACCUCACCACAUCCAGGCUGAAUGGCACAACGUCUCGACCGCUGACGAGACCACAAGCACCGAACCUAACAACCUCUCGAACGACCCGCGGGACAAGCGCGCCACCUACUAGCUCAAGUUCAAGAAGCCUAUACUCGUCUACUCGUCAACCAGCCAAGGCUCCUACAACACGUAAAGAUCUACCCAUACGUACGGCUUCUGGACCCACUCGAUGUAUCUCUGAAGACGACAAGAAGAUUCAAGCAAUCGCGAAUAAGGUGGAGUCAUGGCAGUCGAUGCACGGAAAUAAGCUAGCAGGGCUUGAAGCAGACAUGGCUGCAGAAAGAUCAAAGGUUGCCGACCUCGAGGCCAACCAUAAUUUCCUGCGAAAGCAACUCGAAGAUGCCAAGACCCAGGAACUACUCAAGCAGCGCGAGCUCUCCAACGUCAGCGACGAGAUCGAAGCACUUAAGAAGCGACAUGCCCGAGAGCUCAAGGAUUUGGAAUUUGACUUGAAGAGGGAGGUGACUGCGGCGAAGGACGAGCUAGCCAAUAUGAAGUCGCGCCAUGCACGAGAAUUGAUGGACUUGGAAAUGGACGUGAAGAAGAGGGAACGAGAGAUCCAACAAUUGCAGGAGGACUUGAGGCUCUGCCGGGGAGACCUUGAACGUGAACGGGAGACCGUGUCGACAUUGAAGUCGACUAUCUCGCAUCAAUCAAACGCUCGCAUCGCCCUCGGUACGGAAAAUCAUGCAUUACAGUCGCAAAAGACGGCUCUCCAAACAGAACUCGACAUGUAUCUCGCCACCAUUUCCUCCCUAAACCUCAAACUGGAGGCUUCGCAGAAGGAGAUAGAUGCGUUGAAACACGAGACAAUGGAAGCAGAGACCGCUCGGAGGAAGCUUCAUAAUAUGGUCCAAGAGCUCAAGGGUAACAUCCGCGUGUUCUGUCGAGUUCGACCUGUUCUUCCCUCCGAUCUACCCUCUCCUGAAACGCCGCCCGAUUCCUCAUCGUCGGGAUUUGAUUUGGCCGAACGAUUGAAAGAAGAGAUGAGAGCGAACAUCGCAUUUCCCGACCGUCUCGAUCAUAAAGAGAUUGUCGUCGCUUCUUCCAGUGAGAGUGCUACUGGCCAAGAGCGCAAGGAGGUAUAUAACUUCAACUUCGAUCGUGUUUUCGAGCCCGAGUCAAGUCAGGCCGAAGUUUUCGAAGAGAUAUCUCUGUUAGCGCAAAGCUGCACCGACGGGUAUAACGUUUGCGUAUUUGCUUACGGACAAACAGGAAGUGGAAAGUCAUUUACAAUGGAAGGCGGCCCAACAGCAACAUCAUCCGGCAUGAUACCGCGUGCAGUAGAGCAAGUAUUCCAAGUCGCGGAAGAGCUCAAGCGCAAGGGCUGGGAAUACAAGAUGGAAGGGCAAUUCCUUGAGAUUUAUAACGAGACCAUCAACGACCUGCUAGGCAAGGGUGAAUUCGACAAGAAGAAACACGAAAUCAAACACGACCCGAAGACCAAUAGCACCAGAGUGACUGACGCCAAUGUUGUCCCUCUUCAUUCGCCGACGCAAGUUCGCUCCUUGCUUGCCGUAGCCCAGUCGCGGAGGUCCGUAGCCGCAACAUUGAUGAAUGAGCGUUCAUCUCGAUCGCAUUCGGUGUUCACACUGCGCAUCAGCGGACACAACGUCAAUACUGGCGAACGAAGCGAGGGCAGCCUGAACCUUGUUGAUCUCGCUGGCAGUGAACGACUGAACGCCAGCGGGACGGCGGCAGACAAAGAUAGGCUGAAGGAGACUCAGAGCAUCAAUCGUAGUCUGAGUGCACUGGGCGACGUAAUUGCUGCCCUUGGGGAAAAGGGAGAAAAAGGAGAUAAACACAUUCCGUACAGAAAUUCGAAGUUGACGUAUCUCUUGCAAAAUUCUUUGAGUGGCAACUCAAAGACACUAAUGAUUCUUAAUCUAUCUCCCCUCGCAGCUCAUUUGAAUGAGUCCCUCACUUCUUUGCGAUUUGCUACCAAGGUCAACAACACGACAAUUGGCACAGCGAAGAAACAGGUUCGAACAUCAUAA